UUCAAACUAUAGACUGAUGAUUAAUUAGACCUUAAAACAAUUGUGAGCUCCUAGGUUUAAAUAUAUUUCAAUUCAUUGAUAUAUUUCAAUUCACUGCAGUUACUAUCUUAAUGCUCAUAUAGCCUACAGGUCGGCUGAAUAAUGGUCCUGCAGGACUUUCAUAUCUGGAAGCUGUAAUGUUAUAUUAUGUGACACAGAUUUUAUAGAUGGAUCUUGAGUUGGAGAGAUUAUCCUGGAUUAUCCAAAUGGUAAUAGUGUAAUCACAGGAUCCUUGUAACAUGGAAGCAGGAGAUCAGUGAGGUGAUGUGAUAACGGAAGCAGAUAUGGGAAUGCUGACCUUUUAAGAUAGAGGAACACAAGGAUUAUACCUCCAGAGAUUAAAAAUGCAAGGAAACAAAUUAUACCCUGGGAGUCAUCAGAAGAAGCAGCUCUGCUGACUCCUUGACUUUAGCUCAGUGAAACUGAUACUGGACUUUUGACCUCAAGAUCUGUAAGAGAAUCUAUAUUGUUUUAAACCACCAAGUUUGUGAUUAUUUGUGACAGCAAUAGGAGGAAACCCAUCUUUGGUCAGUGGAACUGUCAAAUUAUCUAAUAUGAUAAGAUGUUCUAGGCUUACUUCAUAUGUUUUCUGCCCAGACCUGGAAUCAUCAAUUUCUCCAAAGAAUCUUUGUUUCUUUUAAUAGGAAAUGGCAUUUGGGGACCAUUAGGUGUAUUCCUGGGUUUCCUCCACACCAUUUAAAUAUAUUUUUCAAAUAAAAAAACAUGUAACAAAGAAUUUAGCACCUUAGCCAAUUUUAAGUGUACAGUUCAGUAGUGUUAACUGAAUUUACCUUGUGCAACAGAUCUCUAGAACUUUUCAUCUUGCAAACCUGAAACUCAAUACCCCUUGAACAACUCCCCAUAUCCCCAUUCCCUGUGGUUUUUUUGCCUUUUUAAAAAUGAAAAAGUAGGACAGUUCUUUAGUGAAAUCUUUUACCAACAUAUGAUUACUUUCCUCUAAACUUGUAGAUUCUCAGGUUCUGAUUGUAUGCCAUUUUUGACUCUAGUCCCCAAACUAUAUCCUAUAAAGGGUUCCAAGUAGUAUGAAGGACUAGUUGUUUUUCUAGAAUGGAGUGAGAGAUUUGAAAUAAAAUAUAUCCCACACACAAAGGAAUGACCAUCUCAUUAUUAGGGCUCAAAAUAUUCCCUGGAGCUGUAGUUUGCUUAAGAGUGCAUUUGUAAACUGGUGGGGCCCCUGCAGAACUACAGAUGGUAUCCCAUAGCUGUGGUCUCAUCCAGCCCAGCUGUGCCCUAUGGCUGAACUACUUGUGGGGCAGAAAUAGUUUGCAGAAGACUGUUCGGUUCAGAUCUGUAGGUGCAAUUCUCUGGAUCAUGAGAACUUGUUUAAAUAACUCAUGGGAGAGAAUUGCAGUGCUGAAGGAAAAGGGGUGCCAGUCUGUUAGGAUUCUGAAGGAAGAUCUGCAGUCUCGUUUUGUUACCAUUGGGAAGUACCUUGUUUUGUUUUUAAAGCUUUGUGCUCUUUGUACCAAGUAUUUGAAAAGAGUGCAUUCUCAAGUCGUUUUCCUCUCUCCUCUUUCAGGAAGUGCUCAAAUUUUAAACACACAGACAUACACACAAAAGAGGAAACAGUCGGAUAAGAACUCAGAAAUCAUGUGACUGAUGACUAAGUUAAUUAAAUCUUCUCUACUUACUGGAAAGGAAGAGUCUGAUGAUUAGCCACUGAUUCUCCCUGCAUUUUUGAAGUUUUGGAGAUAUCAAAUCAUGUUCCCCUUUAUGCUUUUUUCCACCCUGUUUGCUUCUGUAUUUACUGAACCUAUGAAGCAGCGCUGGAUCUGCAACUCCUCUGAUCUGAGUGUGUGGUAUACGUACUGUGAUAAAAUGGAAUUCCCUAUUUCAAUAAAUGUUGAACCCUGUAUAACACUGAAGAAAAGUAAAGGAUAUUUGCAUCUUUUCUACAUUCCAAGAAGAGACAUAAAAAAAUUAUAUUUCAAUAUCUAUUUAUCUGCUAACUCCGUGGAUUUUCCAGUGCGCAAAGAAGUUAUUUGCCGAGGAGCUAAUGAUGAUUAUUCUUUUUGCAGAGCUCUGAAGGGAGAGACUGUGAAUACAACAGUAUCAUUCUCCUACAAGGGAAUACGAUUUUCUAAGGGGCAAUACAGAUGUGUCACAGAAGCCAUCGCUGGGAAUACUGAAGAAAUGCUCUUUUGUUUGAAUUUUACCAUCUUACACAGCCCUGAUUUUAAUUAGAAUAAAUUGAGUAUAUUUUUAUUUUUCAAA